CGUGGAUAGUGAGGGGUCCCGCACGCCUGGAGCAGAGAGGGUCUGUGUCAAGAGCGGCGGGGGCUGCAGGAGGCGAGAGAGACGGAUGUCUGGCACCAUGGGGCAUGCAUCCGCUUCGGAGUCACAUGUUCAUUGAAAACUGAGGCACCAGCACUUGAUCCAGGCUUGCUGAUUGAUAGAGGCUGGCACCGCCCCCCCCCCACCAUGGCAGAGGUGGCGGCUGAGGUGGCUGAGCUGCCCGCACAGAUGUCGCCAGGGGCGGUGGAGAUGUCAACACCGAUGUUCGGGGAGAUGUCAACAGAGGUGACCGAGAUGACACCUGGGGAGGCGCUGGCCUCAUCCCUUUUCUUCCAGCAUCACCAGUUCAUGUGCUCUGAGUGUGGCAGCCUCUACAACACGCUGGAGGAAGUCCUCUCGCACCAGGAACAGCAUGUGCCCACUAUCACCGAGGAUGAGGCACUGGCCGCCCAGGAUCCUGGCCUGGAGCCAGAGCUCAUGGCAGGGCCUGAGGAAGGGCCUUUCCAGUGUGGGGAGUGCAACCAGCUCAUCCUGUCCCCCAGCGAGCUCCUGGCCCACCAGGAUGCCCACCUCCGGGAGUCUGCAAGCCAGAUCCAGUACCAGUGCGGGGACUGCCAGGAGCUCUUCCCCUCGCCUGAGCUGUGGGUGGCUCAUCGCAAGGCCCGGCACCUUUCUGCUGCAGCCACCGAGCCGCCAGGGCCACCCCCGCUGCCCCCGCCGGCGCCGCCCCCUCCACCCCCCACUCCACCCGAAGUUAAGAUGGAGCCCUACGAGUGUCCCGAGUGCUCUACCCUCUGUGCCACUCCCGAGGAGUUCUUGGAGCAUCAGGGCACCCACUUUGACUCCCUGGAGAAAGAAGAGCGCAAUGGGCUAGAGGAGGAGGAGGAAGAGGAGGAGGAGGAAGACACAGAGGAAGACACAGAGGAGGAAGAGGAGGUGGCGGCAGAGGUCGGUGAGGAUGCUGCGGGAGGCGACAGGUCCACAGCCGCCCGGGCCCAAGGCUGUGCGGAUUGUCCCCAACCCUGGACGGCCGCGGAGGCGCGCCGGCGACACCGGCGGGCCUCCCGCGGCCCGGCAUCGGCAGCCCACCCCUUCCACUGCAGCCAGUGCCAGCGCAGCUUCAGCUCAGCCAACCGGCUGCUGGCGCACGGGCGGGCCCACGUCGGGGGUACGCACGAGUGUACCACCUGCUCCAAGGUCUUCAAGAAAGCCGCUUCCCUGGAGCAGCACCUGCGGCUGCACCGCGGCGAGGCGCGCUACCUCUGCGUGGACUGCGGCCGCGGCUUCGGCACGGAGCUCACGUUGGUGGCCCACCGGCGGGCUCACACCGCCAACCCGCUGCAUCGCUGCCGCUGCGGCAAGACAUUCAGCAACAUGACCAAGUUUCUCUACCACCGGCGCACACACGCCGGCAAGAGCGGGGCGCCCCCCUCGGCGGCGGCCUCCCCGGUGCCUGCCGAGCCCACGCCCCCGCCGCCGCCGCCGCCGCCCGCCCCGCCCGCCCAGCUGCCCUGCCCACAGUGCUCCAAGUCCUUCGCCUCGGCCUCCCGGCUCUCGCGGCACCGGCGCGCCGUCCACGGGCCCCCCGAGCGGCGGCACCGCUGCGGCGUCUGCGGCAAGGGCUUCAAGAAGCUGGUCCACGUGCGCAACCACCUGAGGACGCACACGGGCGAGAGGCCCUUCCAGUGCCACUCGUGUGGCAAGACCUUCGCUUCCCUGGCCAACCUCAGCCGCCACCAGCUGACCCACACGGGCGUGCGGCCCUACCAGUGCCUGGACUGUGGCAAGCGCUUCACGCAGAGCUCCAACCUGCAGCAGCACCGGAGGCUGCACCUGCGGCCUGUGGCCUUCGCCCGCGCGCCCCGCCUGCCCAUCACCGGCCUGUACAACAAGAGCCCCUACUACUGCGGGACCUGCGGCCGCUGGUUCCACGCCCUGGCCGGCCUGCGGCUGCACCAGCGCGUCCACGCCCGCGCCCGUCCCGGGCCCCCGCCACCGCCACCGCCACCGCCACCACGAUCCCCACCCCCUGCCCCGCCGCCGCCGCCGCCCCCCGAGCCUCAGCAGACUAUCAUGUGCACCGAGCUCGGGGAAACAAUCGCCAUCAUCGAGACGUCCCAGCCGCUGGCACUUGAGGACACGCUGCAGCUGUGCCAGGCGGCACUGGGGGCCAGUGAGGCAGGCGGGCUCCUGCAGUUGGACACGGCCUUCGUGUGACACAGCUGAGGAGCGGCAGUAAAGGAGUUGGGUUGCGACAGCCGUUGUGGGCCCCUCUGGGGAGCAAGGGGAGCCCCACCCCCACCCCCGCAAGCCGCUCUGGCACCCACCGGGUGCCAGGAUCCACCCUGGCCUCUUACCCACGGACUCCUCACAAGAGCCCUGUCCAGGUGUCUCUUGCCACUUUUCUCUGCCUAUGGGGAAACUGAAGCUCUGAGGCCUGAUGUGAUCCGUCCCAGGUCACCCCACUGCGUUGCAGAACAGGGCUUGCCAAGACUCUUGGCUCUGCAUCCAUCACCCUGGUGCCCAGCAACCCCGACCACGUGCCAGAUCGGUGCUGGGCACUGUCGUAUACCUCUUCAGGCUCUUGCUCGUCCCCAAGCCCUCCCCUCCCCUGGACCCCGGGGCACCCGGGACUUGGCUCUGCCUGGUAGAGAAAGGUACUUGAGUUCUCUGGGCUUCCUUAAGCUCCCUUCUGACAACGUCGAAGGAACUCUAUAGGUACCCAGGUACUCCGCUGCGCGCUGAGUGAUGCCAGAGCCCCAGGAAUGACUCAGAGCCAGGCGCUGCCCCAGGAGGCACACGGUGGGGUAGGAGGAACACCCAAGUACAGAUGGCCUUGCUCUCUU